AUUGCACGUGCUCGGCAUAGAAGCCUUCGUAAGCGCUCUCAACAAACGGCGCAGUUCCUCCUCUUCGAACGGAGGAGAACGACGACGCUGUGGUCAAACACCACCAACACACCCACAACAAUGGCGGAGGACGCCCUCCUAGGGUUCCUCCAAACCCACGAUGAGAUCUCCGACUCCCACGACUUCGCCGCCUCCCUCGGCGUCGCCCACACCGACCUCGAGAACCUCAUCAAGAGCCUCAAGGGCUUCGAGAUCGUCGACGCCAAGGAGAUAACGAGGGAUAGCUGGGUGCUCACCGAGGAGGGGAAAUCGUAUGUCGUGAACGGGUCGCCGGAGGUGCAGUUCUUCUUGGCUAUACCUCCUGAGGGCAUCUCGAAGGCGGCUCUCAGGGAGAAGUUGGGUGCUGAUGUUUACGAUGUAGGGAGCAAGUCGGCGGCGAAAAAUAGAUGGGUGGGUUUCGACAAAGAGCAAAUUACUAGAAAGGUUGAAAGUGUAAAGGAUGACAUCAAAGAUCUACUUAAAAGAAUAGACAAUGGGGAGGGUCUCGAUGAUAAGGUUGUUAAUGAUCUUAAGAGAAGAAAACUUAUUACCAAACACACAUGGAGGGGUUAUUCAUUACGGAAAGGCCCCAAGUAUGUUUCAAAGAGGAAAAAGGCUGCAACUGAUCUGACUCGUGAACAUCUUCAAAGGGGUGACUGGAAAGAUCUUGAGUUUAAGGAGUAUAACCUCAAUGCUCAAGGACAACCUAUCCAAAUCGGCUAUUUGCAACCAUUACUUGAGGUUCGUGAGGAAAUCCAGAAUAUCUUCCUCCAAAUAGGCUUUGAGGAGAUGCCAACUAACAACUUUGUUGAAAGCAGCUUUUGGAACUUUGAUGCAUUGUUCCAGCCCCAGCAGCACCCUGCUCGCGAUUCACAUGAUACCUUUUUCCUCAAAGUUCCUGCCACUACAAGACAAUUGCCUGAAGAUUAUGUUGAGAAGGUGAAGCGGGUUCACGAAUCUGGUGGUUAUGGGUCCAAAGGAUACGGAUACGACUGGAAGCGGGAUGAAGCGGAAAAAAACCUGCUUCGCACUCACACUACUGCUGUUUCUACAAGAAUGCUUUAUAUGCUUGCUCAACAGAAAACUUUUAGCCCCAAGAGAUACUACUCCAUAGACCGUGUUUUCCGUAACGAAGCAGUGGACCGAACUCAUCUUGCAGAGUUUCAUCAAAUAGAGGGUCUUAUCUGUGAUCGUGGGCUGACCCUUGGAGAUCUGAUUGGAGUGUUGGAGGACUUCUUUUCACGCCUUGGCAUGUCUAAGCUGCGAUUCAAGCCCGCUUACAAUCCUUAUACUGAACCAAGCAUGGAAAUAUUCAGUUACCACGAAGGGUUGAAGAAAUGGGUGGAGGUGGGUAAUUCUGGCAUGUUCAGACCUGAAAUGUUGCUCCCAAUGGGGCUUCCAGAAGAUGUCAACGUUAUUGCAUGGGGUCUUUCCCUUGAGAGACCAACAAUGAUUUUAUACGGGAUUGACAACAUCAGAGAUCUCUUUGGACCGAAGGUUGAUUUCAAUCUAAUAAAGAGCAAUCCUCUCUGCCGCUUGGGGCUGCAGUAAUUUCGACGAGUAAUUUAUGCAGUUUUGCCGGAAAGAAUAUCUGAUCCAAAAGCGAAAUUGAGAGGGAAUGCAUCAUUUUUUAUGCUUUUAAAGGUUAAUUUGUGAUGUCAGCUUGUGCAUUGCUUUCAGUUUAAUUUAUACAAUUAAGAUAACUUGCUGCAUCCAGAGUAUUAAGAUAACUUGCUGCAUCCAGAGAUUGACAAACUACAUACUGGAAAAUGCUUUAUGGCAUAGAGUGCUCAAUUCACCAAACGUCUCCUUCGUGAGGAAAUUAUGAUUACUCUAUAGAGAUGGAGACUUGAAUCUAGGGUCUAAUGUCCGGAAUGUUACUACAAUAAUGAUUUCUGUGUCUAUCAUUUUGACAUGUCAAA